GCCAACUGAAUUCGCUAUAAAUUGAAAAAAAAGUCCAUUCGUUCAUAAUCAUUUUUUGCAGUUGCACAAAAAAAAAACGAGAAAUAGAAAUGAAUCUGCAAAUUACCCAUAAGAGGAUAAGAAACUUUACAUCGAAACUCGAAAUCUAUCAAUUAAAAAUAACAAGUUUCUGAACUGUAGUGAACUGUUGUAUCUUGGAGAUCCCCCUUUUGAAACUACCAAGAAAUAUACAAAGAACACUUUGCAAUAUGUAAAUAGUACUUACAAAUGGAAAUUAGACUGUUAAAGCCUGAUGUGUUUGCUGAGUCGAGGGUAAUCCUUAAGUUUAAAAACGAUGAUUCAGAUGACGCCGCAAUAACAAGUUAUUCCAAGUUUCUCAAAUCCCAAUUAGAUUUAAAUACAAUAACUAGGAAUGAAAUAGUUUAAUGAACGAUCAACCUGCUGAUGAUGAACCCGAUGCCAGAAGAAAGCUUUUAAAGUCAAAAGUUAACCCAAAUUAUAAAAACACCAGGAUAAAUGUAGUUGUUGGUAAAACCGAGAUUUACAAAGAAACUCCAAUAAUGACAGAACAUUCAAAUUCCACAAUUAAUCACUUAAUAUUAGUAGAUGCAAAUGAUCUGAGAAAUAAUGACCAUUUGGAUAGUUCCAUAACUGAAAACAAAAUGGGUUUGAAGCUUAAUAAAAAUGAACCUACAGAGAUGAAAGCCAUCAUCAGGAGAAAGUUAUUAAAACCGAAAGUUAAAUUGAAUUUGAAGAAAAAAACCAGAAAUGUAACUGAUAGCGGAAGUAAGUUUGCAGAAGUGCCAAUAAUUACAGAAGUUCAAAGUCCUUCAGAGAUUGAAUUCAAGUUAGAAGAUUCAACUGACCACUCAACAAUUACAACUGAAAAUGAGACAAUCUCUGAGCUAAAUAAACCCAUCGAAGUAAAACCCAUUGCCAGAAGAAAGUUUUUAAACCCUCAAGUGAACUUGAAUUUUAAAAAUAAUGUCGGAAAUGUAGUUGUUGGGGAAAGUAGCAUCUACAAAGAAAUUUCAACAACUGGGAAAAUUCCAAGUUUCACCAGAGAGAUCGAAUCAAAUACUUUGAAAGAUUUGAAUGAAUCUAUAGACAAACAAAAGGCUACUAAAAAAAUAAUAAUUUUAAGCGAUAUACGUAUGUUCCUCCCAACAAGACUAGAUAAAGUUGCAAAAAUAAAUUCAGAAACAGCCAACAAUGCUACUGUGCCAAAUGCUGAUGUUAUGUUGAAUAAAGCUCAAUAUAAUUCUGAUGAGGUUUCACAGAAAGAAAAUCCAACAGUAAUUUCUUCGCCACAUAGAAGAUGCAUUUCAGAAUCACAAGUGGCAGAUUCAGAACAUCCAGCUCCAAGUCCAAGCAAACUUUUGAGGCACCAUACAGAAACCAUUGCGAAAUUAAGUAUUGGAACAGCUAGUUGCAGCGCUAGCGAAUCAGAAGAUGGAUCUCAAAAAUAUGAAAGGAUUAAUAAUAACUCUGUCUUGGUUUCUUCAGUUGCUUCAACUAGUAUUCCUCUGAACCCUGCACCACAGGCAAGAUAUCAAAUGUCACCAAAGAAAUUGAUUGAAACUAAACAGUUGAAGAAAUUGGCAGGCACAGAGAGAAAUGUUCAAAAAAGUUUUGGUGUCAAAACCUGUGGCAAACGGAAACUUCGAAUGGUUGACUUAAUUUAUUAUAAUUCUGAAGCAAAUCCUAUGAGUCAACAAAAACCCAAAGACAGUAAAUCGAAAAUUAACAAGUUUAAUGAUGAGAAACAAGUAGAUGUUCGAAAUGAAGGACAUAAUGAAGAUGGUACAGACAACAAUUUUGGGCCGCAAAUAAAAAUAUGUCCGUCAGGAGAAAUUGUUCUAGAUGAACAAAGUUUAGUAGUAGAAAAUGCAAAACUAGCAAAGCAAAUAGAAGAAAUAUCUAAUUCCUCUAUAGUAGAUGGAGACUUGAACAGAGGGUAUGGUGUUUAUGACAGAGCCAAACGAGCAACAAACUGGACUGAAAAAGAAACGUCAAAAUUCUACAAAGCACUUAAUCUCCUUGGAACAGAUUUUACAACCAUGACUGAUCUAUUUCCUAGGCGAAACCGUAGGCAAUUAAAAGAUAAAUUUAAAAGAGAAGAAAAAACUAAUUUACAUCUCAUUGAUCAAGCCCUUCGGGAGCCUUGUACUUUUACUUAUAGUGAUUUUAAAAGGGAAUUGCGUAUUGAAGAAGAGGAAGGAGCAGUAUUGACAAAAAUUAGAAAUGAAGAAAAUGAGAGGCGAAAACAAAGGAAGUUGGAAAAUUUGAAGCCAAAAGCUAUUGAAGACAAGCAAAUAAUUAAAUCUAAAGAAGCCUUAGAAAACUCGAAUAAAAUCUCAAUCCCAGAAACUAAAGCAAAAAAAUCUAAAGCCAAUCAAGAAAAAAAACCUCUUACCAUCUAUAGUGUUCUUGAUAGUGAAGAGGAUUAGUAGGUAAUCAGAGCGUUCCUAGGAAGCAUAUUUAGAGGCGCCUAUACAAUUCGAGAACAUCCACCUGAAAAAGACAUUAUUCAGGUGGAUAAAGAUACAUCAGAAACUACAGUGAGAAAUUCACCAGUUACAUUGCUCAGUAGUUAUACCUAUAGAAGAACGUCCAGAAAAUAAAUCAGAAUAUGAAGUAUUUAUCAUAACUCCAGAUGAAAAAAUGGUUUCUUCCCUUGCGACUAGACUUCAAUAUUGUUAUGCUACAGAGUUUUUAUAAUUUGAGUACAACAGUUUUUUUUUUUCUAUUGUUAUUAGAGUAAGUUGACAUAACUAAUGAUGUAUUGCAUAAUAUUUUCUUUUAUGAAAUGUUAGAGCUUUAAAAAUUAAAUUUCA